AUUGGGGCGGCAGCAUGAGCGCGCGUCCGUCCAGCAGCGAUGUAGCCGAACACUGCUGUCGCAAUGUGCUCAUCGAACUGAUCAGCACAGAGCAACAAUAUGUCGAGGAUCUGAUCAUUGGCAUCGAGCGCUAUAGUCGCAUCUUUCAACAGCGAUCGUCGUUGCCGUCGGGUCUGGUUGGACAACAGCACGUUCUGCUGUCGAAUAUUACAGAUAUUGUGGCACUGCAUCGGCACCGCCUUCUGCCGCUGCUGCUGCAGCAUCGCCAGCAGCUGGAGCUGCUCUUUGAGCGUUGGUAUUCUCUCGUCGAGCGGGAUGUCUUCUACUGCUAUGUCCUGUUCACGGCUAGCCAGCGCGAAAGUCUGCGUCUAUAUCACUCCCAUGAGCUUUAUUUUAGGCGUAUGCAGCUAACAAUGGGAGAUCCGCUGGGCUUACGCAGCUUUCUACUGAAGCCUGUGCAGCGUGUGACGAAGUAUCCAUUGUUACUCAAUCGAUUCAUUCAGGCAUUCUUCGAGCAUCGCCAGGUGAUCUCGAAGCGCAUCUUCGAGCUGGCCUGCCGGCUAGAGACGCGACUGCGCGAGCUCUUGGAGCGGGCCAAUCAAGCAGACCAGCUCAAUGACAUCACCAGCUUCAAUGCGUCUAGCAUACUCAACGAGGGGCGCUUCGUGACGAUGGGCGAGUUCCAGCUGAUCGAUGGCCGACUGCGCCGCUGUUACAGCUGCAAAUUGUUUGCAUUCACCACCUGCCUCAUCUACACGGAGCAGAAGAGCUGCAAACAGGUGCUGCGCGGCACUUUCGUUCUGCCGGAUGUUUGCGUUGUGGCCAAGGCGAAGUCCUUUCUGCUGUGCAACAAGCAGCACGAAUGUGAGUUCCUUUGCCCGAAGGCCUUGGUUAAAAAAUGGGAGGCGAUGGUGCGUCAUCUACUUGAACAGUUUGUGAGUGUGGCAUUUGGCGAUGUUGUCGCGACAGCGGAGCAAAGCACGGACAACGCCAGCGGGCAGCAGCAAGCGGUGCAACGCAAGUCCAUCAACCGUACCAUCUGGUACGCAAUGCAGUAACCCAACCCAACCCCACAGAAGCACACAUUCCUACCCCACUCCCUCCCGUUCCACGAUUGUAAUAUGUGUUUCACUUGCAACUGAAUCAA